AAAGCCUUCCACCAUCAGGAGGAGAGGAGCAGAUACUGUCAACAAGGACAGGCGAUGGCUUUCAGUGUUUCAGUGUCAGUCUACCUCUUAUUCAAUGAAGGGGCUCACCUGCUAAAGAUACCUUUCCCCCCUUCAUACAGCAAUGGCAGCAUUAAGUGAAGAGGUGGCCUUGAACUUGACACUCGCAAUCACAACCCAACCAAGUAAUUGGACAGUUAACAAAACAAAAGAAGGCACAGAAGGACCCAUAGCCUUGAAGUUCUCACACCCUUGCCUGGAACACCACGAUAGUUACUGCAUCAAUGGUGUUUGUGCCUUCCAUCGUGAGUUGAAGAAAGCCAUCUGCAGGUGUUUUACUGGUUAUACUGGAGAAAGGUGUGAGCAUUUGACCUUAACUUCAUAUGCUGUAAAUUCUUAUGAAAAAUACAUUGCAAUUUGGAUUGGCGUCGGAGUAUUAUUAAGUGGUUUUCUUGCUAUUUUUUACUGCUACAUAAGAACGAGGUGUCUAACACUGAAAUCACCUUAUAAGGUCUGUUCCAGAGGAAGACCACUGUGAGGCCUGUGUGAGAAAUUUUCCUGAGGCAUUUGUAAAGAUCAGUGAACCCCACAUUGACAUCUUCAAAUGAAACAACUAAACUUCUUAAGCUGAAUAGACUUGAACGUGAUGGAAGCUGGGAUCAUGAUGAAAUGAGAGAAUACAUUUCAACAGAAAUCACUAGACUUUGUCAUUGUUAGGAUACCAAGAGAGCCAAUGGAGCAAGCUUACAGUGACAGAAGUCAAGUUCAUAGUACUACUCUGGGCCUGUUGCUGUUGUUGUGUGGUUAUUGUUCUUACUGCAGAGAGUCUGAGUGCCAUGCAUCUGACCGUGUCAGAUGUGAGUUUUCAUGAGAAGGAUCAUCAACCUUGCAACAAGUCAAAGCAAUACCAAGCUUGGGCUCUUCAUGUACUAGCUACCAGUAUUUUGGAUCACUGCUCAAUGGACCUAAUCCCAAACAUGCUGCUCUCAUAAGGUCUAAAAGAAUGUGAUGUCAACUAUUAGGAUAAUAUCAGCGCUGUGGCACCUUCAGUGAUCCAAACAAGUGCCUGGAGUCUAAGCCAGAGACAAGAAAAUGGAAGGUCCAAGGCAAAAUACAUGAUACCCAGCUUGUGAGAACAUUGUGGAGCUGUUAUCUGUGAAAUAUGGAAUAAGCUAAAGAGUUUCUGAUGACUGGAAGCUACUGGAUAUCAAGCCCUGAGUAGACAAAACAUCUCUUUUUCUGCAUGGAUUAUAACAUGUUGUGUUGGACUCACUGGUAUCCUAAUGCUUAUGUUUAGCACUUCCUCAUAUUGUUAGUGGAAUUACCUGGUGACUAUUCAUUUGGACUGAAAUUCUAGAAUUCUACUAAUACAUGAAAUUCUACAACUGAUCCUGAAAGAAAAACUAAAGAGUUGGACACAGGAAUUUUUUCAUCAACCAAAAGCAUGUGGGAAAUUUAUUAACCACUUCUGAGUACUUGAGAGCAGAUUUGCACAUAGAGUGAGAAAAUGCAAUACUUAUUCUAGAAAUAGCUAUUUGGGAAUUAGGGUCCUUCCUCUUUAGUCAUAUUUUUUUUUCAUGUAAUUACAAUAAUCUUGGGCAGGACCACUGAUAUUGUUGGGCUUUAAUUUCAUUUUCUACAGAGCCCUUCUAGCUCUAAAAUUUGACCAGGGGAGAAGAGAGCAAUUUUUCCACAACUGAAAAAUUGGGAUAUUCUCCACCAUACCUCAAAUCCAAAACACACCACCGUCUAUCAUCUUAGGUGUAUAUUUUAGUGUUUGUUUUGUAAAAUAAUAAUUAAGAAUUUUGUUUUUAAGUGAAGCAAAACAUAUAAUUUAAAAACAAUGUCUAUAACUUUUCUUUUAAAUUAAAUCUAUAACUCUUGACUUUUUUCCAUUGUAAUUUUAAUAAGCAAAACCAUUUUGAUCAUGAGAUGGGCUAAAAGAGGAUCAAUCAUGAAUAUUCUUACCAUGAUUGCCUAGAAACAAGCCUUUCUCUUAUAUUGUUAUGACUUUUCAUUCACUAUUAAAACUUUACAUUCUGCUGUCCUUUGAGUAGAAGGUAUUUCAUUUGCUUUAUUUUGCCUUCAUAAGGAAUGUAAGGCAGGUGAAUGGCGUGUCAGCACUUUCUGAUUGUCCUCACAAAGUAUGUAAAGGUUACCUCAUACCAAGGAGUGGGGAGGUGAAGGUUCCUCCCAGUGACUCCAGGGACCACACCUAGAAAGCUAUGCUCUCCCUGAGCAUUUCAAAGACGUGUUAAAAAGCUGGGGAGAGUCCAGGAAGAAACAAUAAAGCUUAAUUAAGGACUGCCUCCUGAUGAAAGAGGAAUUAAUGCUGGAGUCUGGAGAGGUUAUAACCUAAAAAGUUAAACAUAUUUGCUGUCUAUAAAUAUUUCUAAAUUAUAAAAACAAUAUAAUUGAAAUUAAACAACAUCAGACGAAAAUUAAAAUGUCCAGAUUGCCAAACUGAAAAGUACACCAAAACAAAAAAACAAUAGAGAUUCCAAUUUUUUCACCUGCGGAACAGUAUGCAUUAACAGUAUAAAAUCCACCCGGUGAGACUAUAGAAAGUUAGAGUGUGACUCAUAAGAAGCCACCUGUUUAUGUUCUGUCCUACACAUGAUCUUGUGACCCCAUAACCCCAAGAGUUAAAUUUGCAGGAAGGAACCUCUGGCAUUCCUAUGGAGCUAGAGCUGCCAAUAUUUAUGUAUGGAAUCAGGACAUAAAU